AUGCCGUUCUGGACGUCGUUCGAGCCGGCCACGCCGCCCCGAUACCGCGGUGCCUGUCUCUGCGGCAGCAUCUCGUACGUACUGACGCAACGGCCGCGGCGGGUAGUGCAGUGCCACUGCACGCACUGUCAGGCCGAUGGAGGGGGCCCGUUCCAGAUUAUGGCCGAAUACCGCAUCGACGAGGUUGUCGUCAAGGAUCCGUGGAGCUACUGGAAGAUCUACACGGUGCGCGAAGGCACGCUGAGCGGCCAGCCCAAGGAGAAGCACUUUUGCGGCAACUGCGGCUGCACGCUGUGGACGGUGGCCAUGCGCGAUCGCGGCGAGCUGCGCAUGGUUCGCACGAGCCUUAUUGAGAACGGGGACCGGCAGAUGGGCGGAAUGCGCGCUGACUCAGAGGGCGCCAUCUAA